UGCGUUCCGUCCUGCUGUCCAGGAAUGAAACUCUGCUGACUGCCGCUCAGCCAACCAGAAGAGGCGUAUUAACAGCCUUUGAGAGUGAUAGCCAAUGAUAUUGCACCGUGAAACGUAAACAAAUACACGCACUUGCAUGUUGAGACGUCAGUGUUACAUGUGUAGAUCCUCGCAGCCCAGACAGCAAGAAGAGAAGAAGUGUUGUAUGUAAUCAGCAGUAAGCAGUGGUGGAAAGGAAAGCAGACAUGGCAAGUGAGGUGCCGCCCACCAAACGCCUUCGUCGUGCAAACUUUUCGGAUGAAGAAAUGCUGACAAUAAUACAGGGUUGGCUGGACAGAAAAACUGUCUUGCAGGAGAAGUUCAGCCAUCAAGUAACUGCAGAGAGAAAAAGAAAGGCAUGGGAAGAAAUAACUUGUGCUGUCAAUGCAGUUUCUCCUGUAGCAAGAGAGAGAGGAAGUGAAGAAAAAAUUUAUUGACUUCAAGUCAUCAGUAAAGAGGAAGCAUGCUGCUCUCAAGUGUCAACAGGAAAAAAACUGGUGGCGGAGUGCCUGAUGUAAAACCCCUGACCAGUGUUGAAGAGGCAAUGCUUCCGUUAAUAAAAGAUGUCCAAGUAUCUGGUGUUCCUGGACUUCGUGACCCUCAUCCUGCCAGUGAUGAUGAAGAGGACUUGGCAGCAGGUGACAUAGAUGUUACACUACCAUCAAGGCCAGCCUCACCAAGACCCAGUGGCACCCAAAACCUCCAAAUCUCAUCACCUCCAGAGCCUCUGUCACCAGACACUGACACAGAGGGAGUAGUGGAGAUAGCAUCUGAACCUGCUCCACCACAAGCUGAUGAUCAUCAAUACAGCCAACCUCCUCAGGCUGGUAGAAAUCAGAGAGGCUCAUCACGUCGUGAGGGUACACUGGCUCCAGAAAUGCUUCAAGUUCACGAGGACAUAAGAAACUCCUUGUCUGAUUUGACUGAAUGCAUUACUACAUAUUUGCCAGGAAUAGCAACAUCUUUGAAUGAAUUGGCAUCUCGCAGACUUGUUUAGGAACAUUUCAAAAUGUCCUACAAAAUAUUCUUAUGUUAUUUUGCA